AUGGUCAAGUCGCUCAUUACCCAGCACUUUCAGGAUAAACAAUCGGGGGACAUGGAGCAAACCUGUGACGAACCUACUCCAGGACCCCGUCCUGUUAGGGUUCAGCUUCGGUCGAAGGUAAUCUUGCAAAGGGUGCUUAGGUUCGGUGCAGCCAAAGGGUGCACGACAAAGACUUGUCUCAACAGCAAGAGCCUCAUCAUCCUGUUGCACGGCGCUCCUGGAGUUGGCAAGACCUCGACUGCAGAAUGUGUCGCCGAAUAUUUCGACAAACCGCUCUUCCAAAUCACUUGUGGUGACCUCGGCGUGUCAGCGGGAGAUGUUGAGUCCACCCUCGAGAAACAUUUUGCCCUGGCAACCAGAUGGGGCUGCAUCCUACUGCUUGACGAAGCGGAUGUUUUCCUGACCGCAAGAAGCCCCGCCGACCAUCUCCGCAACAGUCUGGUGUCUGUAUCCUCGAGUACUACGUCGGUUGUCUGUUUCUGA